AUGGCGGGCGACGAGUCGGGUACAACGCUGGGCCAGCCUCAUUUGGCCAAACAAGACCUUAGUACAUUGGACGUCUCCAAACUGACGACCCUUUCCCCUGAGAUCAUCAGCCGACAGGCCACCAUCAACAUCGGCACCAUUGGCCACGUGGCGCACGGAAAGUCCACAGUGGUCAAAGCUAUCUCGGGCGUUCACACCGUUCGCUUCAAAAACGAGUUGGAGAGGAACAUCACCAUCAAGCUGGGGUACGCCAACGCUAAAAUCUACAUGCUGGACGACCCCAGCUGCCCCCGCCCCGAGUGCUACCGCUCGUGCGGAAGCAGCACCCCCGACGAGUUCCCCACAGACAUUCCCGGCACCAAAGGCGACUUCAAACUCGUCAGACACGUGUCUUUCGUGGACUGUCCCGGUCACGACAUUCUGAUGGCGACCAUGUUGAACGGAGCCGCCGUCAUGGACGCCGCCCUCCUCCUCAUCGCGGGAAACGAGUCGUGUCCUCAGCCGCAGACGUCGGAGCACCUGGCCGCCAUCGAGAUCAUGAAGCUCAAGCACAUCCUCAUCCUGCAGAAUAAGAUCGACCUGGUCAAGGAGAGCCAGGCCAAAGAGCAGUACGAACAGAUACUCACCUUCGUGCAAGGCACGGUGGCAGAGGGCGCGCCCAUCAUCCCCAUCUCCGCUCAGCUCAAGUACAACAUCGAGGUGGUGUGCGAGUACAUCGUCAAGAAGAUCCCCGUCCCCGUGCGAGACUUCUCCUCGGAGCCCCGCCUCAUCGUCAUCCGCUCGUUCGACGUCAACAAGCCCGGCUGCGAAGUGGACGACCUGAAAGGCGGCGUUGCGGGAGGGAGCAUCCUCAAAGGCGUCCUCAAGGUCGGCCAGGAAAUCGAGGUGCGGCCAGGCAUCGUCUCCAAGGACCACGAGGGCAAGCUCAUGUGCAAGCCCAUCUUCUCCAAAAUCGUCUCGCUCUUCGCCGAGCACAACGACCUUCAGUACGCUGCGCCGGGGGGCCUCAUCGGCGUGGGCACCAAGAUCGACCCGACGUUGUGCCGGGCAGACCGCAUGGUGGGCCAAGUGCUGGGCGCCGUCGGGGAGCUCCCAGAGAUCUUCACCGAGCUGGAGAUUUCCUACUUCCUGCUGCGGAGGCUGUUGGGCGUACGCACCGAGGGAGACAAGAAGGCAGCCAAGGUUCAGAAGCUCUCUAAGAACGAAGUGCUGAUGGUGAACAUCGGCUCGCUUUCCACGGGUGGCCGCGUCAGCGCCGUUAAAGCCGAUUUGGCCAAAAUCGUUCUCACCAACCCCGUCUGCACCGAAGUCGGCGAGAAGAUCGCGCUAAGCCGCCGCGUGGAGAAACACUGGCGGCUGAUCGGCUGGGGGCAGAUCAGGAGGGGCGUGACCAUCACGCCCACGGUAGACGACGAUUAA